UUUUUGGCUUCUACUUUAUGUGACACAUGCCCAGAUUGAUCUUUGAUAGAUGUCUGGGAUGGAAUUGACAUGCAGUAUAUAUGGUGAUGAUUGUUCCCGUCAUUUAUAUAUACAUGUAUGUUCAUGCUCCUAUGCUUAUUCUUGUCCAGACUCCAGAUUAAAACAGCUGAGUCACUCUUGCAAGACCCAAGAUGAAAGAGCAGCUUCCUUUCUGGAACCCUGUCAUGCCUGUAGAGAAGAGAUCCCAAGGGUUCAAAGCUCAAGGUCUUCUCUGGCAGAUGAUGCUGCUGUUUGGUGUGUUUGUGUACGGGUCAUACACCAUACUGGUUCAUCUGUGUGAAGAAGAUGGCCAGAUCCCAUUCAGCUCGUCCUCAGCUGUCCUGUUGAUUGAGGUGACAAAGAUGAUUCUUUCACUGAUUAUGCACAGUCCCCAGCUGAUCAGAGAGGGGCUUCUCCUUCCUAAACCCAAGAUCUGUUUGCUCUUCCUGGUGCCAGCCAUGCUCUACUGUAUCAACAACAACAUUGCUGUCCACAUGCAGCUUCAUAUGGACCCCACCACUUAUCAGGUUCUAGGAAAUAUGAAAAUUGCCACCACUGCUGUAUUAUAUAGAAUGAUUAUAAAAAGACACCUCACCAGGGUCCAGUGGUUCUCUCUGUUCCUGCUAACUCUAGCUGGUAUUUGUGACAGCUAUGGUGGUUACGGCAUCAAGGGAAACAACUCUGCCAUGGAGAUGCACAUCACGCCAGCUGGCCUGGCUCUCAUCUUUACUUACUGUGUAAUCUCAGGGUUUUCAGGGGUCUAUACAGAAUUUGUCAUGAAAAAGUAUUUCCAGCUGUCACUCCAUGUCCAGAACAUUUUACUCUACUCCUUUGGAAUAGUGCUUAACUUUGUAACCUGGAUGGCCCAAGCUUCUCAGUCUUCCUCGACAGGUGAAAGUUUCAACAUUUUUAAAGGAUACUCAUUUUACACUUGGAUUAUAAUUUUAACUCAGGCUGCCAAUGGCCUGAUCAUGUCAGCCGUGAUGAAGCAUGCAAGUAACAUCACCCGGCUGUUCAUCAUCUCCUGUGCCAUGCUCGUCACUACAGUCUUGUCAGUUCUAGUCUUCCACAUAACACUCAAUGUCUGGUUUGUUAUGGCAUUUAUAUUGGUGCUAACAUCUGUUAGUCUCUAUCACAGAUAAACAGGACAGAAGUAAUUUACACAAGGACACUUUAUAUCAUUACAGAGUACAAAUACUUUGUUUCAUGUAUCUGUACAUCUGUGGGUCAUUAUUGGGAAAAUCAUUCAUUUGGGAAGAAUUAGCCCUGUUGCAUACAUAUCUUAUCAUCUGGAGUUUAUAUACAUGGAAAUCACUUUUUGGCUUUAAUAUUAAAUGAUCUCUUAAUUACUGGAGAUAAAAGAUA